GAGGUGGCGAGGAUUUAAAUCGUCAGAUCUCUGAGUUCCUCGGUGUCUCGCGGGGAGCUGGCCUAGUCUAUCUUCGUUGGUCAUUGGCUAGCGGGCUGAGGAAGGCGGGUUAGGUGCUCGCCGUAACAUGGCCGACGGCGGCGGCUGGCAGCCGCCGCGCCCCUGCGAAGCCUACCGCGCCGAGUGGAAGCUCUGCCGCAGCGCCGGGCACUUCCUGCACCACUACUACGUCCACGGAGAGCGGCCGGCUUGCGAGCAAUGGCGACGCGACCUGGACAGCUGUCUCGAGUGGGAGGAGCGCCGGAGCGCGGAGGCUCAGCGAUCCCUCUGUGAGAGCGAGCGUGGGAGAGUCCAGGCUGCAAGAAAGCACACCCUAGUGUGGACCCCGAGACAGAGCCCCCCUGCAGACUGGCAUCUCUCUCUGGAGGACAAAGACGAGUGACAAGCACCCCUACACGGCUUCCUGCAGUCUGUUUGAAGUGAAGCUAUUGCACAGCCCUAAGGACUCCGCUUGGCCCAAGUAUUCCAGUAGGUACCUGGGAGCUUCUGCCUGGCUUGGAACAUGGAGCUCGACGUCUCCAGUGCUACUUGCCCAACCCUCACCUGCGUUCAGAGUGCCCCACUGCUGCCAUGCUCUGGGAGACAGUUUUGUCCACUGCACAGCUUCCGGGAAGCCAAGCACCAUUGCAUAUUGCUGUGAACAGCCAGGUUGGGCUGUCUCAUGCUCUCCUACCAAGGACAUUAGCACAGGAGAUGGCCAUCCUCAGGUCUAGAAUUCUCAGGUAAACUUUUGAGUAGCAGCCCUGACCCAUGUGGACAUGUAGAGUUAACGAAAUGGUUGUGUGGUCACGAACACCUUGUGGGGUCAUUUUGUGCCACCCUGGUUGGGUGAUGACCAUGCAUUGCCAGCCACUGGUGCUCACACUUGGCUAUGGCCCACUCGCUCAGUUCCUCUGCACACAGAGGUGGGGCAUACCUCUGGACCAGCAAGCUGCACCUUCUAGGCUCACAGGAGGUGAGAUUCCAGUUUUUCAGAAAUGCACACAGCUACAGAAUAUACCACCUUGCAUAAAAAGGGUUCAUGGACCCUUGGCUGAAGAAAGCCAAACCCAGGACGCGUGGAAUUUUGGUCUGCUUCCCUCAAAAUUUUUAGGAAAUGUGGAAUAUGUCAAAAGCCAUUUUACACAUUAGAUUCCAAAUAGGAGCUGAAAAUUAAUUCAACAGUUUAGUUGUUGAGAUUGUUAAAUUUCACAUCUCACGUACUCCGACUGUGUUGAAAUGAGGUCGUAAUCCAAUAUGACCUUGUGAGGACAUAGCCAAUAGGUGGCCAUCUACAGGCCAAGGAGAGAAAAACCGACCCUGCUGGUAACUCAAUCUUAGGAGUUCUAGCUUCCAGAACUGUGAGAAAUGUCUGUUUCAGCCAUGCAGUCUAAAUGGCAUUUAGACCCCACAAAGUGUUCAUGACCACACAACCAUUUAGUGGCAUUUAGUCCUGGCAGCCCCAGCACACGAAUACAGUCACCAAACCAGUGUAACAGCAAUUCAAACGAGUGCUCCGCCCCACUUGUCCCACCCUCCUGUGGGACACAGCAGUUUUGUUAAUUAGUGUGUCUCUGGCUUGCUGCAGGCUCUUUAGCCUCCCUCCCCAUCUUAAAAUGCUAAGCUGGUCCUGCUGGUGAUGUGAGGAAGUUCAUGUGUUCUGUCUGUCCCACCUGUG